CCCCCAUGUACAAUCUUAAUGACGUCCGCAACGUCCGCGCCAUCCGCGCUUCACGCAGAAGCGCGAAACGAGCGCGCUUGACGAAGCGGAAGUUGUGGUUUUACGCUUCCGGAGAACGGGUCACGUGGCUGUGCACGGGCCAAUGAGCAAAACUCCCGAAAGCGUGUUCGUAAAAUGGAGGACCCCUGUGCUCUUCUAUCGACGGGGACCUCAUUUUCUCAGCAAGGAAAUGGUCCGAGGAAUGGCGUGAGUAGGACUCGCGCCGAGCGAAGCGACCAUCUUCCCAUUUCCUCGUCGCUCUGCUCCAAAGCGUCGGACUACCUGACGGCGUCCCUUCGCAACGACCGUCUCGUAGACCACGACCCGUUCCAAGAUGGCGAGAACCUCGAAGGAGUCGCCGUGGGCGACAUCGCGUGCGAGCGCAUCAUCGCCGACGGCGAGUACCUCGCCGAGUCCGGCGCAUACGCGGCGGGCGACCCGCUGUGUCUAUCGGAGUCGGCUGAACUCGACGUCAAAAAGGUGGACGAAUGGCUGAAGACGAGAGAAGACACCCUGGCCAGUUUGGGCCUCGUGUUUGAGCUGAAAACUGGAAGCGAGGACGACCUCUUCGGGGAGACCACGCCGUCGGAUAAACUCAACCUCUUCUCUGUAAAAGACCUCCUCGACGUCGACGUUACGAAGGAGGGGGUCAGUAUUCUGGGCGGGAAGGGAGACAUGGCUGUUCUGGACCCGGAGACGUUGAUCAACUCAUCGAGCGACGCGUUGAUGACCGAUCAGGAGCUCGAGUCGCUGUCGGCACGAGGUCUCGACUUCAGCCCUGCCCCUUGUCACGGGGUCGACAGAGAGACGGGUGCGGCAGUGUCGACGACUUCGAACGACACCUCCGCGGAGCCCGAAACUCCGGACGAGAACGCCACGAUCCAGUUGGUGAUCAACACGGCGUCUGGAGAGCAGCAGACGUUGCACGUGGACGCGAAGUCGCUGCUCCAGUGCGCCCAAGUUGAGUCCAUCCUGCCCGAUGGCCAGCCGGACACCUCGGAGCAGACGGUCGGCGAUUAUGCGGAGUUUGUCACCACGGAGCUGUCGGAGUCUGGCCACCAGGAGGAGGUGGAGGAGGACGGAGACGAAGCAGCAGACGAGCCCCACACGGAGGUUGUGACGAUACACCUUUCGUCUGGGGACCUCCUCUCCGACCAGUUGCCGUCUGCCGUCCCUGAUGCGUUCCAGUGCGACCUGGACGGCUGCGGCAGGGUGUUCAACCGGGGACGCAAGCUGCGGGUUCACCUCAUGAGCCACACCGCCUGCCGCCCUUUCAAGUGCCCCGAGGAGGACUGCGACUGGGCCUUUGCCACUGAGUACAAGCUGAAACGACACCAGGAGACUCACGCCGGCAAGAAGGACUACACGUGCGACGUGGAGGGCUGCGGGCGCUCAUUCACGACGGUGUACAACCUCAAGUCACACAUGAAACUGCACAAGCGGCCCACCUUCCCGUGCCCGGCGCCGGAGUGUGGCCUUGUGUUCGUCACCCGCCGCAAGAUGGAGCUACACCUGAGGGAGCACGACGACAUCGACGCUCCCUACAAGUGUCCCGAGGCUCUAUGCGGCAAGGCGUACUACUCGGCCAACACCCUGGCGUCCCACCUGCGGGUGCACAUGCGGCUGGAGUUCCGGUGUCCCUUCGAAGGGUGUGGGCGCCUCUACAACCGCGUCUGCAAGCUGAGGCUACACGUCCGCCAGCACACGGGGGAGCGGCCCUACAUAUGCCCCUUCGAGGGCUGCGCGUGGACGUUUGCUUCGGCGAGCAAGCUGACGCGGCACACGCGCAAGCACACGGGCGACCGGCGCUACGUGUGCCCGGAGCCAGACUGCCGAAAGGCCUUCAUGCGCCCCGAGCACCUCAAGGGACACAUGGUGGUCCACUCCGGCUGCCGGCCCUUCGAGUGCCCACACCCUGGCUGCAGCUCCAAGUUUGCGGCCAAGUCGAGCCUGUACGUGCACCUGAAGAAGCACGCUGCGGGAGCCUGUUCCUCGAGGCGCAGGAGCUCCGCCGGCAAGCCCCGGGAAAGGCUGGUGUACCCGUGCCCCAUGGGCGCCUGCUCCAAGCGCUUCACCGCCAAGGGCUCCCUGCGGCAGCACAUCCUCAAGUGCCACUCGGUGCUUCUGGCGGACGGCAGCGACGUGACCGAUUUCGACUCUGUGCCAGAUGAGGGUACGGAAGUGACUCCCUUGGAAGAAGCCGAGCAAGAGCUGAUGGCUGCGAUCCCUUUGGCUGGUGGAGCGUCGACUGAGGCACCGGCGCAAGGCUCGACGGACCUGCAUGGCCUUCACGACUUUCCUGAAGGGGCGAGGGCGUCGGAAGACGACGAAGACGAGGAGUGCAACGGAGAGGACCGUCUGACGGACUCCUGCGCCAAGACGCGCGUCAGCGACUUGGACACGCUCACGCCUUCGAGGGUGCUUCAGGAGAACCACAGCGGGUCGGCUCGGACGGAUUUCUGCAGCAACCACCUCCAGCUGGCCAGGAAAAAGAGGGCUGCCAAGGCCACCCUCGAGGCGUUGCACCAAGGAAAGAAGCUGGAGCUGUCAAAUGGAGUUGCUCUACCGUGCGCGGAUGUAGUACUUACCUCGUCGGCAGUUGGGGAGCCGAUUUCGAGUAUAGAAUUGGUCCAGGUGCCUCUUAUUCAGGACGACUGUCCGUCGGGGACCGACAUCUACUCAGAGCUGUCCGUACCCGUUGCCACGUUGUUGGCCGAACACACUGCCACCUCCGAGCUCGGAGCCACCAUCCACCUACAGGAUUUGGACUGACCGCUCGCCACUGCACUUGUAGAUACGACAUCAUAAAACAAAAAACGUCUGCCCAACAAAA